AUGACUCCUGUAACUGUCAUUCUUGGGCUCGCAAUAGCGAUUGCGGUCAAGGUCACAGCUAUCGAUAUCGACACCAGUGGAUUCCUGAGUCCUCGGCUUUCGUAUAGUGUCGGAGGCCAUGCAGUGUGUGUCAAUGGCAUUGUUCCUGUCCAUGUGUCCGGUGCAUCCAACGUUCAGCUUAAUUUACCAUCGUCCACAAAUCGAACACAGGCCACGCAACUCCUCCUGGACUUGUUUACUGUCAACUCGACGAUCGUUGCUCAAGUAAGCGGACCUGAAAGACAGAUCUCGCAAAAUUUCAACAUCAGCAGCAGACUAUGCUACCCGAGACGAAAUGCAACUGGUCACGAAUACUCUACGGUCCAGUUCCUGACUCACGGCAUUGGAUUCGGACAGAAUUAUUGGGAUUUUGCCGCUCCGUCCAAUAGCUACAUUGACUCUGCUGCUCAGGCUGGACAAGUCACCUUCUCCUAUGAUCGUUUGGGAGUAGGAGAAUCGUCCCAUCCUGACCCAAUCCAGAUCGUCCAAGGGCCUGCUCAAGUCUCCAUCGCACACGCUCUAGUCGGUCUCCUUCGGAAUGGCGAGCUGUCGGAUACAAACUUUUCCCAUGUUAUUGGGGUCGGGCACUCGUAUGGCUCUGCCAUUACGACGACUGUUGCAGCCACAUACCCGUCUGAUUUUGAUGCUCUUGUUCUGACUGGCUUCGGGGACAAUGCCACUGGUGCACCACAGUUUUGGGCUGCUCAAAAUCUCAUCCCAGCGUCCACGGACCUGUCGCAGAGAUUCGUUGGCCUUGAAGAUGGAUAUCUUGUCGCCUCCACCAUCUAUGGUGUACAAUAUGCCUUCUUCCACUUUCCAGGGUUUGAGAUCCCCAUUCUGUAUCUGGCCUUCGCAAAUAGACAAACAACAACGUGGGGAGAGCAAUUCACCAUGGGAACGCUGGAACACCCAGCCGAAUCUUACACGGGCCCGGUAUUUGUGGUGAACGGGCAGCAGGAUCUUGUCUUCUGUCAGGGGAACUGUAACUUUCCCAGCAACGUUGCUCUGCGCACCUUGAGGAAUGUCUUUCCUGCUGCAGAUGCAACGAGGUCCGGCGCAUUUCUCUUGCCAAACAGUGGACAUGGACUCAACCUGCACACUAAUGCCCCGUUGGCGUUUGAAAGGAUUCAGGGUUUUAUCUUAGAUUUGGACUUGGACUGA